UCUUUCAGUCCGACGCACUUCAGUCCUCUGCAACAGUAGCGAGAUUUCAUUUGGGAAAGUGAUUUAUACAAAAUCUACAGAGAAACUAAAUAAAUAAAGUAAAGAGAGGAGGCUGGACAGAAGCCUAACUGGACAAACACAAAUUUGAGAAGUCUCACUAGUACAGUCCUUAUUUAUUGUCUUUCUUUCUAUUUCCUCUUUAGUUUUUCUUUCUCUCUUUCCCUUUCUGCUAUUUCUUUCCUUGGACACGGUUAUGGUGUUGGCUGGGCUCUGUGGACUGUACCGGUGAUGGGCCGGGCUGGGAGAUGAGCUGUGGAUGGUGUGGGGGUGCCAGGGGCGCAAGAGGAGGUCUGGACGCUUAGGCCACACGGUGAGUUGGGCUGAGACCACCUCAUGUGUCGGGCCUCCUCUGUGUUCUGGUCCCCACCGAUCCCCAUCCUCCCAGCAUCAGUGGGAUGUCCCAGGUGUGUCUCCUCUUGGCCUUGCUUAUGCUCUGCAGCUGCACAAAGGUCUCCUCUACUAACUCCCUGGAGCUUGUGAAGGAGCAGUGGAGCAGCUACAGAAACCAGUGCCUGGACUACCUCAACGCCACGCCCCCCACCACAGGGCUGGUGUGUAACAGGACCUUCGACCUGUACGCCUGCUGGCCUGAUGGACUUCCAGGAACCACAGUCAAUGUCUCUUGCCCAUGGUUUCUGCCAUGGUACCGAAAAGUUCAGCAGGGUAGGGUCCACAGAGUCUGCAAGGAAGAUGGUCAAUGGGCGCAAAAGAAUACCAGCGAAUGUGAGGACGACCCUGGUGAGCAGCAGUAUGGUCGCAUCCUCAGUCAGUUACGGAUCAUGUAUACAGUUGGCUACUCGCUCUCCCUCGGAGCUCUGCUACUGGCCCUGGGAAUCCUCAUCACCUUCAGGAAGCUCCACUGUAUGAGGAACAACAUCCACAUGAACCUGUUCGCUUCCUUCAUCCUGAGAGCUGUGUCCAUCCUGGUCAAAGACGCCCUGCUGACCCUCACACUCGACCCCAAGAGCAGCAGUGACUCCCAGUCACAAGCCUGGGUCAAUAUACCGGCUGUAACGUGGUGCCGUGGUGCCAUGGUGAUGAUGCAGUACAGCGUGAUGGCUAACAACUACUGGCUGCUCGUGGAAGGAAUCUACCUCCACAGCCUGCUGGUCAUCACCGUGUUCAGCGAGAGGAAGUACUUCUACAUUUACCUGACCAUUGGCUGGGGUGCACCGCUCAUAUUCGUGCUGCCAUGGAUCACAGUGAAAUAUCUGUAUGAGAACGAAGAGUGCUGGGAGAGGAAUAUUAACAUGGGAUAUUGGUGGAUUAUCCGGUCUCCUAUACUGUUUGCUUAUCUGAUUAACUUCUUCAUAUUCAUCCGAAUUAUCAAAAUCCUGAUGUCUAAACUCAGAGCUCAUCAGAUGAGAUACACAGACUACAAGUUCAGAUUAGCAAAGUCCACUCUCACCCUCAUCCCUCUGCUUGGGAUUCACGCCAUCCUCUUCACCUUCGUCAUCGACGAGUCUGUACCUAAAGGCUCCAUGCUGCGCCUUAUCCGCCUCUUCUGUGACCUGCUGUUCAACUCUUUCCAGGGCCUGCUGGUUGCCAUCCUGUACUGCUUUGUUAACAAAGAGGUGCAGUCGGAGAUGUUGAAGAAGUGGAAGAGGUGGAAACUGGGUAAGGACAUUGAUGAGGAGUACCGCCACACCCACAGCCAGACGCCGCACAUCAAGAGCGGCAGCAUCGCCACGGGCAAUCUGCCCUAUCUUCAUGACAACAACGCCAGCGACCCCAGCGGCGACUCGCCUCGCCUCAACAAAGCUGGCAGGGCGCCCUCCUGCUCCGCCGCACCCGAAGAGAACCGCCGACUGGUCGUCUCCUACAGCAACGGGACGAGCAAAGACAGGCCCGCCAAGAGCAGACACACCCUGCAGUUCUCUUUCCUGCCACACAGAGGCGUCGCCAGUCAUGUCAGUACUGCCACAGAGGAUGUGUGUCUGGAGGAGAAGGCGCAGUGUCGCACAUACCCGCUGGAAGGACAAGAGACUAAUGUGUGAGGGCAACCUGCUCUGAGCCCUCGUCACGAAAACUCUCACUGAUUGUGCUUAUCGUUGUUUCAAAUCAGUGUUUAUCAUGCGCCAACAAGACAGCCUGAGUGGGAAGAGAAUGAGGAAGUGACCCAAACAGAUCAGGAUGUUCCACGCUGCGUUAGGUUGCAGGAAAUACAGUUUCAACCUGCCCAGCUGGAAAUGAAUAUUUAUUAGUUUUUUUGGACCUUGAGCAAAAAGCACUGAUUGACUUUAGACAUCAGGAAUGAUUAAAUAAAUUAAAAUAAAAUUCUAGUGGUGUUCAGUGUGAGUGUGUGUAUAUAUGUGUAUGUGCGUGUUGUGUGUGCAUAUGGAGGACUGCCAUUUCAACAGUGCUCACAUCUUUCUAUCUGUACUUGUUGCCACUGUGAGUCAUGCUUGUGUUGUCUGCUUGCAACAAUAGAUGCUUGUUUGUGGUACUCUCCUACAAAAGCCUCUCAGUGUCAAAUUUUGUUUGUUUUUUCUCUUUUUUGGUUUUAUGGAACUGAAUGUGAACUUCAGCAUGUAUGACUCUUGUUCAUGGGGAUCAGGAAAAAGGCAGAACUGGGCGAUUCACUGGAGACCACUGACUCUUAUCAGACAGUGUUUGCCCUGCUGAGGCAGCCUCACAGAGGAUGGACACUUUGAUCUUAAGAAAGACUAUAAUGUUUAAGUUAUUCUGGUUUUAGAUGACCUAAGCCAAAAAAUAAAAUAAUAAUAUGUGAUGGAUUUUACAUCAUCAGGCAUCAAAUCUAUUCUUUUAUGCACAUUCCUGUCCUCCCUUUUUGUCUAUUCUAUACUCAAUCCUUCGCCUUUUUUAAACAGAUUUUCCUGACUGAAUGUAUAUGAAUAAUGGAGAAAUAUGGGUGAAACAAUAUGAAGUGUAUAUGUGUGAUUAGAAAUGCACACCAUGUCCACAGCACCUGCAUUUAUGCAGCAAGGAUUCUUGGAUUUGUCUUCAUGCAGACUAAAAUUGUAUAUAUGACACACUGGUAGUUAAUUGGAUGAAAAGCCAUUUCACAAAUGUGAUUUUUUUCUGGUGUUUUACAUAAACUGAAGUACCUACAGAUCACAAUGACCAUACUGCUCCAGUCUGCUGCAAUCACUGUCCAUAUCCAACAUUCUUUCCAGUCAUACAGUAUUCUUUAGAAUGAAGGCAAACGCAGAACAUAUUGUCAUUUUGUUAACAAUAUAUGUGCAGAAUUUAAAAGUCUCUUUGUAUGCCAGAAAGGUUUUUCCGUUCAUUAUUGAAAAGAGUACCGCACUUUUUAUUGUGUUGUUGUGCAGUUCGGAUUAUGACUCAUAUUUCCUGAUGCAGAAAACAAAAUGUGCCACACAGAACCACUUUUAUUAUUUUAGAUGAAUAAAAUUUGCAAAUUAAAACAAGGAUUGGUGUUUUAAAAUAUUUAGAUUCACUUCAGAAAUGGACUGGAUUUAAUUGUUGGAAUUUUCCAAAUGUGAUCAAUUGCAGUCACACUGGAGCCAACAAGUGUUUUCACAAAGGGAUUCCUAGUGAACCCUUUGGACGAGGAUUGGUAAGCAAAUAUUCUGUUUCAAAUGUAUGAGUGAGCACCACACUGUAAAUAUUGAUAAAAAGUGAUUAUUAUAAAGAUAAAGAUGGGUGGUUAGAGGGAUGUGUUGCUGUUCGUGUUUUUGCUUGCAGUCCAGGUGACUCAAAAAUAAAAAGAUACAUGACUAAUUAUCUUGAGAAAAGCCUUGUUUCACUAAACAUGAUUGUACCUGUCCUUUUAAUUAAAAUGUUGCAAUUGUCAGGAAGGGCAUAAAGCAAACAAUAUCAUGAGAGAAAGCAAAAAGUUUUAUAUAAAAGCCAAAUUGUUGUGUCUCAUAUGUCUUUGUGGAUCCAAUUAAAAUGAAUUCUGUCUGCAAAAAAGUCUCUAGUACAUAUUGUGUCAAUUCAACAUAUGAGAAAGAAACCCUAUUCCUCCGCAUUUGCU